GGCAGCACAGGACGGAGGAGUUCCGGAAGGUGAACGUGCUGAUGAAGGUGCCCGCGCUAAGGGACGGUUCUUUCACCUUGGCAGAGAGCAUUGCAAUCCUCCUGUACCUGGCACGGAAAUUCAAGACUCCUGAUCACUGGUACCCAUCUGACCUGCAGAAAAGGGCCAGGGUUGAUGAGUACCUGUCAUGGCAGCACGUCAACAUUCGUGGGAAGGGGAGCAAGCUGUUCUUAACUAAGGUGCUGCUGCCUCUCCUCACUGGCCAGCCACUUCCUCCAGAGAAACUGGAAGGUGUUACUGAAGAGCUGAAUGUCGUCCUGAAGCAGUUUGAGGAGAAGUUCUUGCAGGAUAAGCCCUUCAUCGCAGGCAGCGAGAUCUCUCUGGCAGACCUUGUAGCACUGGUGGAGCUCAUGCAGCCUGUAGGUGCUGGCUACAACCUCUUCGAGGAGCGGCCGAAGUUAGCAGCGUGGCGCAGGCGGGUGGAAGAAGCGGUGGGGAAGCAGCUCUUCCAGGAGGCCCAUGAAGGGAUCUUGAACGCCAAGAGCUUGACUGCUGAUAAGAUUGCACCCGAACUGCUGGAGCAUUUCAAGCACCAGCUCCUGAAGCAGGCCAGCCAGAAUUAA